AUGAGGUUCGGAAUCAAACAUUUCUUCUGGAAAAUAUUUGAGAUACGACUAAAUGUUUCAACUAAAUGUUCAUCUUCAUCGUAAACAUAUGAACUCUUAGACAUUUUCUUAAUCUAAAAAAUGGUUUCUCAAUAACUUUUUCAAUUUUUUUUCUCAAAUCCCACUAUGCUAUGAAAAAAAAACCAAUUUUGUCCAGAAAACGACGUCGGCCAACCAACGGAUCUCCGACCCAGAAGGGCUCAUUCAAAAACUUCCAUCCAAAAGUUUUGAUGGGCGUAUGCAUGGUGAGUCAAUUGAAAGUUCCCUGCAAUUAGUUAUUUUUGAAUAAAUGAGGAAAAAAUUUUUUUAACUCGCUCAAUAUCUCGUGCCUUGUUUUCCAAGAAAAUGCCAUGGGAACUUUUAUUUAUGUUUUCGCUGGAACAAUUCCAGAAGAAAGAACGUUAUAAGGCUUCACCUAAUGACGAAGAAGCCUCAAAACAAUGUUAUCGACUUUCUAACCACUUAUCUUGCAAAAAAAGAUCUUGAAAUGCAAUGGGAAAAUACAUAAAGACAUACAUGACUUUCAGAGCAAUGAGGCAAAGAUGAUCCACGUGGAAGAAAAUUUCGCGAAGCCGCGUGUCGAGCCGAGGCCACCAAUGGCCGUCGAGCACAAGACCUACGACUACAAACAAAUAGAAGACGAACAGGACGACGAGCAGUUUGCCAUUAUAUCCUGUCCUCACGCGAUCGGUGACUCCUGAUAAUACUUAAAAUAACUGAUAAGAAUAAAAAAAUUGCGAAUUGAAAAAAAAUCAUUCGCUAUGUUCUUAGUAACUAGUUAGCUUCCCAGAUCGAAUAAUUUUUGAAGUAAGAGUCGAAUAAUUGAAGAGAGUGUAGCCGUUUUUUUGAAUGAAAAAUACUAAAGAUUUUUAUGAGCGUGUAAAAUUCCCCCUAAAAAUUGUAAAAUUUCAGCCGAUACUGAAAAUAAUGAUAAAACAAAAAAAUUAUAACAUAAAAAAAAUACAAGCGUUUGAUGGAAAACAUGCAAAUUUCAAUUACAUACAUAAAAUUGAAAAAAAUUGAGCAGCAACAACUUUAAAGUACGAAAAAUAUUUAGAUUUAGUUUUCCGAGAUUACUUUGAACGCGUCGUUUUGCAACGAAAAAAAAACGACCAUUUUUCCAAGCGAAUACAGUAAUCGUAGAGCAAACUUUCCUCGUCAUUUGAAAAAAAUUACUUAUUUCUCUAAAAAAAGUUUUUAUCUUUUUAUUUUUUUAAGUUCAGCUUUUUUUGUUGAUUUUUUUCUAUUAUUGUUAAGCACUAAACCAGUGAGCAAUACGUAAGAAUGUGUAGUUAUUUACGAUUCAUCGGAGAAGCCAUUUGGAAACUUCGAAAAUUUUUUCUUUCAACUUGAUAAUUAUCAAGUUGAAGGUUACCACUCUGACCGACUGAUAGUUGUGGACUUGGAACCGAAAAGUUCGACCUACUGCCAAGUGGUGAAUGAGUUGCGGCUGCCGGCGAAUGGAGAUGAACCAGGAAGAAUCAAUUGGGCCAAGUCGGCUGAUCAUCUACAUGACAUGCAAAAGGUCUGCAAGAAGACUUGUAAAGAGGGAAAUAAGGCGUUUCAGAUAAAUAGAAGGUAUAUGAUUGUACCUUGCAUGAAUAGCAGCAAGAUCUAUGUGGUGGAAGCUCAUGGUGGAACAUUAAAGCUGGAGAAAGUAGGUUUUUUUGUCAUUACGGAAACAAUUGCUUUUUGUAAAACAAGCAUAACUAGGCGAAUUUGCGACUUCAAAAAUUUUUUUGAAAAAUUCUUCUCCUUUAAGAACUAAUUUUUCCUGAAAUUUCAGGAAAUAUCCGCAGACACACUUCUUCGGAAAGAUGUUUCCUGCCCUUACGCCGUCAGAAGUCUGCCCUUAAAAGGGGCGCCUAUCCACAUUUCAACCCUUGGGGAUAAAGAAGGCCAUGGGAAAGGUUGCUUUCUCAAAGAAAAUGAGAUAUAAUCACAUUUUAGGUGAUUUUGUGUUGCUGGAUCGCCACACUUGGGAGGUUCGUAAAAAAAACGAUAGCGAAUUUUCUUCUUUUGGAGGCGAUUUUGCUUUGCAAGUAGAAACAUUGAAGUUUAUCAAUUUUCAUUCAUUAUUAUCUCCAGCCUCGUCAUAAUCUUCUGAUUUCGUGCGAAUGGGGCCAUCCAAGGCUGUUCCGCAACGGAUUCACCAACAGCGAUUUGGAGAAUGGUUUUUUAGUAAUUCUUUGAACGUCAAGUUUUCGGACAACAAAUGUUUCUCCCUGAAAAACCGAGAAAGUUUUGAGGCUGAUUCCAUCGAAUCAAAAUGUUUUAUUUUUCACAAACAAGUACUAAAUUUCACAAAAUAGAUGUAGGGAGAAUAUGGGAAAAAUAUGUGUUCGGAACUUGUGAUGAAGGGAAGAGGACUCGCGGUCGUGUGAACCCCCACUUCAUAUAUUUGUUGGGCGAAACUUUGACGCUCAAUUCUUGUUAAUAAAAAAAUGUCAAAAAUUAAAUAUUCAGUAUCAGAAUCGCUGGGAAACCAACUGCACGUUUGGCAAAUUUCCCCGCCAAAACUCAAGCAAACCAUCGAAUUGCACCCUUUUGACGGAUGUCUCACAUCUACUGUAAGGUGAGGAGUCUGAAAAUGAAAGGUUGGAACAAAAGUAAGGAAUAAUAUUUUGGAAAGAAGUUUCGCCAAAAUGUCUGAGAGGGUACAUUGGAAACUAUUUCAUUCAAAUUCUUGUCUUUUCCGCAUUUCAUAUACAUAUUUCUUCGAAAGUUGCUCCGUAUUCAGUGAUAAAUAAUAAUUGCGUGCAAGAAAUGAAAAAAAAAGAGGAAAAAGCGAAAACCUUUUUUGAGUAGAUGCUAAUUCAUUGAUCUGCAAUUUCAAUUUUGAUUUUUUGUCGUCUCAGGAUUGUUAAUAAUUAUUUUUUUGUCAUAUGAGUUGUUUUUUUUGCCUUUGAAUAUUUCUCAUUUUUCUCAUUAAUAAAUUUUCAAUAUUGAUUUGCCAUCAUUUCUCAAUUUAACUCUUUCUCAACCGGAACUUCGAUUUUCCAGCUGUUUUCUUUCACCAUGCUUGUGAUUAGAAAAAGGAAGUUCGAGAAUAUUUUCCUAUCCCGAACGGAAUUUUUAAGAUUCCUCCACAACGCCGACUGCAACCACGCGUUCGCCUGCUCAGCAAUAGGAUCUUCCCUUUUCCACAUUCACAUGGACAGUCUGACGCAAGAAUGGACCGCCGACAAAGUCGCCCAGAUUCCUUCGCUGCGGGUUUUCCUUUUCAAACUUCGGCCAUCAGCUUUUUCAAAAAGAUAGGUCACCAUGACCUUUUUCAGGUGGAACACUGGCAAUGUGAAGAAAUCCCGGCGAUUUUGACCGAUAUGGUCAUUUCUAUGGAUGAUCAGUUUUUAUUUCUGGCCGGUUACUUGCAUGGAAUCAUCUGGAAAUUCGACAUUCAGGACCCGUUUCGAGUGUCGCUUCAAUGCAAGGUUGAAAAAGAAAGAACUUUUGUUUUGAUAAAGAAAUUGGUACUUUGGUACUGUUUUCCUGGACCAUCGAAUGAAAUUUUAUGAAAUUUGGAUGAAUCAGAUGGCCACUAGUCUUAUAAAAGAAUUCUCAGAUCUCACUUGGCGGCGUAAUGACCUGCAAUCCAGAAGUGAGUCUGAAGACGUCGUGCGCCUUGGAAGACAUGUGGUGGCUGCCUCCGACCAAAAUCGCCCAAAUGCGCGGCGUUGACUUUCGCGGAGGCCCCGCUUCCAUGCAACUUUCCAAGGACGGGAAGCGGCUCUACGUCUGCAACUCCUUCUACAAGGCGUGGGACGCACAGUUCUAUCCAGAACUCAUAUCGUGGGAGCUUCUGACUCGAAAACAGUUACGGGAAGAAUUUCAGAGAGGGAGGUCAAAUGAUAAAGAUCGACGUGUUGCAAGAUCAGCUGGUUCUUGACGAGAACUUUUUGAUCGAAAUCAAGGUUUCAUCAAUUUCUUGUAACUUGGAAAAUAAUCAAAAAUGUUUGCAGGACGACAAGGAAGGGCCGUUCGUCGUUCGGGACAUCCGAUUCUUCGGCGGCGACUGUACCAGCGACAACUUUCUUUGA